GCACUUGAUACCGUUCUCUUCCACUGUCUUCUUAUUCGCUCCUCUUUGAAUUUGAACCAACAUGCCCUCAUACAGUUCAAGCGAUCAAAUGGCCGAUGAGAAGUGCUCCUGUCACUGGGUUACACCAAACAAUUCAGAUCAUUCCCUUGGGCUCGUUGAUCAAGUCCGAGAGCUUACACUCAGCAACACAAAUGCUAAAUCAGAGAAGGAUUUUGUUGAAACCAGCAUUCGUUUCAACUACCUCCGUACGUUGUGGGAGAAGGAAUUUUGUGCAAGUGGACCACAUGAUACCAUCCACUUCGAUGGAAAUGUUACUCCAGAGCUUGCCAAAUAUCUCAAUCUUUGGUGAUGUAAAACUAGCUGUAAUUAACUCUACCUUGUGAUAUAUUGUGUACAAAUGAAUUUUGCAAAAUAU